UUACAAUAAGGUUUAAAGUUAUAUUCCAUAUCUCACAAACAGAGAAAAAAAACUACAAUGAAGUUCUCCUUAUGCUUAGUGGUUUUCCUUGUUCUCUUUCUCUUUGAAUCCUCAAAUGGUUCUAAUAAUCUUAUCCUUCAAUCUUGCAAAGAAGCCUCCAAGAGUGACCAAAAUUUGAGCUAUGAUUUCUGUGUUUCAUCCCUUAAUGAUGCUUCCAACAAGACCAAACUACCCUCAAACCUUGAAGAUCUUGUGGGCAUGUCAAUUCAGCUAACCAAAUCCAAUGGAACCAACAUGCUUCCCAUCAUUAAGGAACUCUUGAAGAAUUUAACUUCUGAUGAUCAAUAUGUGAAGGCUUGUUUACAAGAUUGCUUUGAUCUUUACAAAGAUUCCCUUUCAUCUUUAGAAGAUGCCGUGGUUGCUUUCAAGUCCAAGGAUUUAUACUCAGCUAAUAUAAACUUGAGUGCUUCCUUGGAUGAUUCUAUUACUUGUGAGGAUCAAUUUAAGGAUAAGACAGGUAAAACGUCUCCUUUAACAUGGGAAAACCAUGUUUACUUCCAACUCAAUGUAAUGUGUCUGGCUUUUGUCCAAAUGUUAAAUCAACACUAAAAGCAUGAUUAAUAGAUUAUGUACAGUUUGUAGUGUGUGUGAUAUGUAUAAAAUUAAUUUCAUGAGCUUUACAUAAGCCUGUUGAUAUAUGUAUAUAAUUAUAUAGUGUGUAAUUUUUUUAAUUGUUAUUGUAUUGAGAUUGAAACGGUAAGUGUAAUGCCCUUCAUAUAUAUAUAUGGAAGAUUGGCUUUUA